AUGAUUAGGAUUGUUACAUCUAAACCGAUCUCCUUGACGGGUUUGAGAUGUCUUUCGACAACAUCGUUAAGAUUGAGCCCAAAGGAUGUUGGAAAACCCCCACGUUUACCUGAAGUAAGGGCCGAGCCAUUGGUACCAACUCCCCCUAGCAUCACUCCAAUUGAAACCAAAGUGGUUCCACCUCCACCACCUCCUCCCACGGUGAAGAAGGCUAAGAAGUUUUCAUUAUUUGGCUUCCUUUUCAAGACAUCCCUAUUAGCAUUAGUUGUGUACGGAGGAACAAUGUACCUUGCUACUAAGAACGACGACGUCAUGGACUUUGUUGUGGAUCACGAGAUCCCAUUCCAUGAGGAGACAAUUGACUUUAUUGAAAACGGCUCUUACGAGGAUUUGGAGGAACUCUGGUACACGAUCAAAGGUAAAUUUACAGAUGUCAAGUUGCCAUCAAAAAAUGACAUUGAGCAAUUUACAAGUGAUUUGGAACACAAAGGUGGAGACUUUAUAAAAGAAACGAAAAAGAAGAUAACUGGGGCUGUUCACGAAAGGAAAGGAACCGAAUUGACUCCUGUCGAACAAUUACAAAAACCAGUUGAGGUGGAGAGCGUAACAAGAGACGUUGCUAGAUUGCCUUUGAUUGAGCUUAAAUCCGACAUCGACAGCUCAGUUGACAAAUCUGUCAAGAAAACUAUAUCCUUAUUGAAUGAUUUGAUUCAAUCAAUUGAUGCUAGCUCAUUAGCUCAAACAAAUUCAAGUCUCGUAAAGUCAAUUGAUUCCAGUGUCAAUCAAUUGGCCACCAAAUUGAAUGUAUUGACUAGAGAAUUUGAUAGCGAAUUACAAAAUAAGUUGAAAGUUUCACAAACGGAACUUUUUUCGUCAUUCACCAAAAAGGAAUUGGAAUUGACGGAAAACUUGAUCGACCAAUUUAACCAGGAAAAAGCUCAAUUAGAAAAGAGAUUGAACCAGAGAUUGGAGCAUGAAAUCCAAGCAGCAAAGGAAGCAAUCAGCCAAGCAGCAAACAAUGCCGUUUCCAUGGUGAGAAUUGAGCAGACAAAAAAUUUUGAAGCUUUAGUCACAGAGAGAAUUAAUGAAGAGAGAAACGGUAGAUUGGCAAACUUGGAGAAGUUGAAUGACAAGGUUAACGAGUUGGAAAAGUUUGCCGAGAGUUUUGAACGCCAAAUUUCCAAUAACCAUAAAAGAAGCUUGAUACAGCUGUCAGUUAAUAAAUUGAAGUUGUUGUUGUUGACUCCACCCGAAGCCUCAGACACGCCCAAAAGCAUUGAACCCUAUGUCAAGACUUUGAAAGAGAUUUCAACCGAUGAUGAAGUCUUGAAUUUGGUUUUAAAGGACUUGGACGUAUUGCUUGCAAAGGAAUCGACGCACUCUUUAUUAACAAAUGCUCAAUUAUUGACUCGAUGGGAACAGUUGGAGCCUGAGUUGAGGUCAAGCUCGUUGUUGCCACCAAAUGCAGGAUUGUUGGGACAUUUGUCGUCAUUGAUCUUUUCAAAACUUUUGUUGCCUGUUAAAGGAGUGAAGGAAGAUGGUAAAGACAUCGAGUCCGUGAUUGGAAGAGUUGAGUCUAGCUUGGCAAGAGGACAAUUGGACAUUGCAGUGGAGGAGGCAACAAACUUGAAAGGAUGGAGUAGAAGAUUGGCAAACGAUUGGGUCUUACAAGCACGUAAAAGACUCGAAGUUGAGUUCUUACUCAGUUUGAUUGAAACUGAGUCCAGACUUUUGUAA